GCAGACGAGGAAGAGAAGCCGCAGCAGUUUUUGAAGAAGAAGAAGAGCAGGCUGCGCUCCGUCGGGCGGUGUAGCUGUUCCGCCGCCGAGCAGAGUUGUAGUUUUCUCCUCCCGGCUAUGAUUGACAGAGCCAGCAGAGGUUUAAACGGGCAUGUCCGCGCACUGUUAUCGUAAGAGAGAGAUCCACGGCAUGGCGAACCAAGGAGGAGCCCGGAGCAGCUGCUGCCGCCGCUUCAGGACAAGAACAUCGUGUAUCGGAUUAUUAAGAUUUUUAUUUAUUGCUUUUAUUAACGCGACGCAAGCCAAUCAUCAAGCUUUCAUUCAGUCAGACACAAUUCUGGAGGUUUUACAUUUUGGUGAAGGAAACCUUCUGCAGGCAGAGUCUGACAUCGAUUUUAGUUUAUAUCAUCAACAGAGCACGUCCCCCCACCGCGGGAACUGCAGACCUAUACGAUUUGAACCUCCAAUGUUGGAUUUUUAUGAAAGGCCUGUUGGAAUGCCAAAAAUGGAGAAAGUUUAUUUACAUAAUCCUAGCUCAGAAGAAAUUAGUUUGAUAUCAAUAUCUGCAACAACAGCACAUUUUCAUGCUUCUUUUUUCCAGAAUAGGAUAAUCCCCCCAGGAGGAAACACAUCAUUUGAUGUUGUUUUUCUUGCUCGUGCUGUUGGGAAUGUAGAAAACACUUUAUUUAUUAAUACAUCAAAUCACGGAGUGUUUACAUACCAGGUUUUCGGGGUGGGCGUCCCUAACCCCUACAGACUGCGGCCCUUCAUUGGUGCCCGGGUCCCAGUGAACAGCAGUUUUUCACCUCUGAUAAACAUCCACAACCCGUACAGCGAACCCCUGCAGGUUGUAGAGAUGUACUCCAGCGGUGGAGAUCUGCACCUGGAGCUUCCCACGGGCCAACAAGGAGGUGCCGGGAAGUUAUGGGAAAUUCCUCCGUUCGAGACAAAGGGAGUCAUGAGGGCCAGCUUCUCGUCGAGAGACGUGGACAACCACACAGCUUUCAUCAGGAUCAAAACCAAUGCUCCCAGUGAAGACCAGUUCAUUAUCCUCCCUGUGGAGGUGGAGGUCACAUCAGCCCCGGGCAUUUACUCCUCCACAGAGAUGCUUGACUUUGGUACCCUUCGAUCACAAGAUCGCCCAAAACUACUCAACCUUCACCUUUUAAAUUCAGGAGCAAAAGACGUUCCAAUUACAAGCGUCCGCACGACUCCAUCAAAUGAAGCGGUCGCUGUAGAAUUCAAAGCAGUGACACUCAAAGCAGGAGAGAGUAGAUACACCAAAGUUGCAAGUAUUAGUUUCGACGCUUCCAAAGCGAGAACAGCCUAUCAGUUUUCUGGAAAAAUAACCGUUAAAGCAAAAGAGAAGAGCUACCCAAAGCUUGAAAUCCCAUACCAGGCUGAGGUUUUAGACGGCUACCUGGGCUUUGACCACACAGCUACGCUGUUCCACAUCAGGGACAGCCCUGUAGACCCUGUGAGCAGACCUGUCUUCCUCACCAAUGCCUUUGGGUUUGCGAUCCAGAUACACAACGUGUCUCUCUCUGAAGAGGCCAAAACCAUGUUCAGCGUGCAGAACUUCAGCACGCCCAUCCUCAUCCCUGCACACGACUCCCGGAACGUCUUCUCCCUCCUCUUCAGGCCAGUGCGGCCCUCCAUCCACAUAGACAGCAAUAUCUUGCUCAUCACUAACGCAUCCAAGUUUCAUCUGCCGGUUCGGGCUUACACCGGCUUCUUGGAGCCCCUGGUCCUGCCACCCAGCCUGAAGGAGAACUUGCUGGACUUUGGUGUCCGCAGCGCGACAGACACCAGCAGCAUCGUUUUUGUGGUGGUCAACAGCAACCCGAUAGAGCUGGAGAUAAAGUCCUGGAUGGUUACAGGGGAAAGUCUUUCCAUGGAGCUGCUGAAGACCGAGACGGGAAACACGACAGCGGCCCUGAAUCAACUUCACGAGCUGCAGAACGCUUCGGGCUCCCAUCACAGAGCUGUGAUUUUAGCCUCAGGCUACUACGCAGCAUUCAGAGUGACGUUGGUGGCAAAGAGGCUGGAGGGCGUGUAUGAUGGAGCCAUACACAUCACAACAGAUUAUGAGAUAUUAACCAUCCCAGUGAAAGCCGUCAUUGCAGUGGGAACUUUAAACAGCUUUCCCAAACACAUCAUACUGCCGCCUUCAUUUCCAGGAAAGAUCGUCCAUCAGAGCCUCAGCAUCCAGAACUCUUUCACUCAGAAGGUGAGGCUGCAGCAGAUCCGUUCACUCACUGAGGACCUUCGCUUUUACUACAAACGGCUUCGCAGCAACAAAGAUGAGCUGGAGCCCAGACGCAAGUCAAAGGUUGCAAAUAUUUAUUUUGAUGCCGGCUUGCAGUGUGGUGAUCACUGUUAUGUGGGCCUGCCUUUUGUGCUUAAAUCUGACUUGAAGCCCCACGGGUUGGCACUACAGGAGGAUAUCUGGGAUGCCGAUGUAGAUCUUCACCAGAAACUCCUGAAGCGCUGGAAGGAGCUCAAAGAGCGCUCUGGACACAAGAUUGAAGCAGUGUUUGAGGUCAACACAGACCUCCAGAAGAAUGUGCAAGCCAGAGUAACGGCCCAUUUGAUCUGGCCCUCGCUGGUCAACUCCUCACAGCAAAUCACCUUCCCCCUAACCAACACAAAAAGCUCCUCCGAUGAGGAGGUGAUUCUGCAGAACCCUGCAGACGUCCCGAUCUACGUCCAGGUUCUUCCCUUGGCUCUGCUGCCCAACCCGUCUGUGUUCUCUGGAAAGCUGGCAGACAGGUUCCCUUCAGGAAAUUUGUCCAACAUCAAUAUUGAUGUAGACACCCUGGAGUUCCAGGUUCACAGAAAUCAGACUUCUGUGGUAAAGAGCAGCACGGGGUUUGUGGAAGGUUCCACCAGACCGUUUGUGUACAACCUCCUCCUGCAGCCCGGAGAAGUCAAAUCCCUCAGUGUGAGGUUCACUCCUGUCAGGAACCACAGCGUCUCCUCGCUCCUCAUAGUCCGGAACAACCUGACUGUGAUCGACACCAUAGUGCUUCAUGGACGAGGCACAACCGAGAGCCUGAAGGUUGGGGGGAAGCCCCCAGGUCCCGGCAGCUCGCUGAGGUUCAAGAUGACUGAAGCGCUGCUGAAAGACUGUGCAGACAAGUCAAAAGUCAAAGAGCCAAACUUCACCCUGAAAAGAACCUUCAGAGUGGAAAACACAGGGCUGCUCCCCAUCACCAUCAGAUCAGCAGAAAUCAACGGGCAGACUUGUGAGGGAUAUGGAUUCAAAGUUCUCAACUGUCAGGAGUUUGCACUGGAACCAAACUCCUCUAAAGACCUUAUUAUACUGUUUACACCCGACUUCACUUCGUCACGAGUGAUCAGGGAGCUAAAGCUGGUGACCGAUGGGGGCUCAGAGUUUGUGUUUGUCCUGAACGCCUCGUUGCCCUACCACAUGCUGGGUGCAUGCGCCGAGACUCUUCCCAGGCCAGACUGGGAGCUGGAGCUGCACAUCAUCGUGUCCGUCAUCAUGAGCUGCAUGUUUCUGCUGGUGAUUGCCACGGCCUACCUGGAAGCUCAGAGCAUUUGGGAGCCCUUCAAGAGACGCGUGUCUGUGGAGCCCAGCACCUGCUUGGAGACGGGGAAGCCCUUUAACCUCAGGGAGAUCGUGCAGAUCGACGGUGAUUCAAAGUUGAACGACUACAGCGACUCGACUCAGAACAACAGAGGAUUAUGCCCAGCCAGCAACGGGACAGUGCGGGCUGCAGGCCGGCUGGCAAACGAUCGCGUCGUUCCAGAGCCAAACUCGCAAGAAAAAAGGUCCAAGCCCGCGUUUAGCCGCUCAUCUGGGACGGCCACGUCCCCACAGAUGUCCAAAGGGACUUCUUUGUGCCCAGAAGGCCCUUCACUCGUGUGCCAGCCUAUCAACCGGAAGACUCGGACGCACAAACCCUUAGAAACUUCAGCUGCAUCAUCGGGGCCUCAAGGAGCAUUCUGCCCCGACGAUGCAGAUUACGCCAACCUGAUAGGAGCCAUGGACAACGACCUGGAGCGCCCAGAGUCGCACAGCGGCGAAGCAGUUCAGGAGCAGAGCUCUCAGGCCGUUCAGCAGAAAGCACUGGAACCCAAAGGGAAGCAUCCAACGAAAACAAAAGGUCCCAGAAAGAAACCACAAAAAGAGAAAAAAUUAACGGUAAAGACUCAGGGAGACGGGGGCAAAGAUAACCUGGCCGACAAUGACGACAGCUCCUCCACCACCACAGAAACCUCCAACCCAGACGUGGAAACCAGCGUCAAAGAGGAACCAAUAAAGAAGAAGGGCAGGACAGUAAAUCCUGGAAAAGUAAAAGAGGAGUAUUCUAAACCCAAAACAAAGAAACCAGGAGCCAGAGAAAAGGACAGUCCAGUAGAAAAAUCCAGCUCCCUGGAGCUGCCGUAUGUUCCACUGGAGGACAAACUGCGCAAGUUAAACAUCCCAAAGACCAGACCCGUGCAGAAACAGAGAUUAGACAGAAAGCAGGAGGAAGGACGCCCCUCCUUUUCACCCAAACUGUCCACCAGUUCCUCUGUGCCUGAGCUCGGCCACAGCAGCAGCUCUGAAGGAGAGAAGGAGUUUUCCUCCCCUGAGUGGGAUUUCCCCGUCUCCGUUAACGAAGCAGCCAGCCUCCAGCAGAUCUCCCUCCAGACCAUAAAUGCAGAUCCUUUUCUGAAGAGUUCUGCCCCGACUGGGACCUGCUCUCCACCACCUACCUCCCCCAGUCUGCUGCCCCGGUGCACUUACAGCAGCGUGCUCAACAGUAGCAGUGAGAUGAACCAGAAAAAGGCUCCCGGAAAUAAACCGAGUGCGGUCACUCCUCUUCUGGGUAAAAAUGGGAACCCGACCUUUGCUGCUGUAGCUGCAGGUUAUGACAAAAGCCCAGGCGGUUCCGGCUCGGCUAAAAUGGACCACUCUGGGAAGACUCUGGCUCACAUGACCUCCGUGGAGAGCGACAGCUCUGACAGCUCCGGAUUGUGGAGUCCAAUCGACACAACCAGCAGUCCAACCUACCAGACCACCAACUCUUUCUCCGCCUUCGGCCCCAGCAACCCCUUCAAUCUGUCCAGAGUUUUCAGAGGAAUGAAUAUCCAGAAGUCAUCUGAACCUCAGCCCACUUGGUCCGAGUUCUCCCCUGUCCCUCCCCCCAUCUGGGACAUACCAAACAGUGACCCUCUGCACUCCUGGCCCAGCAGCUCCAGCUCCCCCACUGCCACAACCACAUCACUCCUGGGAAACACCCGUAAUCCCUGGUCUGCACCCACGCCCUACAGCAGCUCCAUUUGGUCAGCAACCGCAGAUUCAGCCUUACACCCGUUCCCGGCUUCAACCAAUUCAGCGGUCCUGCCCGAUCUGGUCAGCAGCCCCGCCCCGUCAUCGCCCGUCUCCACAGAGAUGAGCCGCACCUACAAUCCCUGGAACAUUUGGCGUCCCACCCUGAGCCGCCGAAGCUCCGAGCCCUGGCCCAGCUCCUCCGACGCCGGCAAUUAAACAUGACAUGAUGCCCUGGAUAAAUUAUGUUGGUCGGAGAUUAAGGUGACGUGGUCGGACCAUCCUGUGUUCAGUUCUCUGCAGUUUUUUAUUCACAGAGGCAGAAUUGUUGAGUUUUACUGGUUUUAACAGGCGCCCCUCUCUUAAUGUUUUCAAAUUAAUGUUAUGUUCAGCCAAGAGUCAGUUUGGGCCAUGCUAAAAGCUGGUUUAGGAUUGCCGCACUCAGAUUUCAUUUUAUUCUUUUUUUUUUUUAUUUAAACAAAAAACAAAUAUCAAAGGCUUCUGUGGGAAAAAAUUGGUCCAAGAUCUAAGUUUGAGGUUUGAAAUGUACACCUCUGUCACCUCUGUUUGUCAUCAAAUUUAAAUAAAUGAUUUCAGCAUCCGG